CCUCAACUCGCUCCCUCUUUCAUCACCCCGCCCCAUUCUCCCGCUUUCAACCCGCCUCAUUCUCCCCUCUUUCCAUCAACCCUCCCCAUUCUCCUCUUUCCAUCACCCCGCCCCUUCUCCCGCUUUCCAUCACCCCGCCCCAUUUUCCCUCUUUCCAUCACCCCGCCCCAUUCUCCCGCCUCCAUCACCCCGCCCCAUUCUCCCGCUUUCCAUCACCCCGCCCAUAUCUUCUCCGCUUUCCAUCACCCUCAACAUUCUCCCGCUUUCAUCACCCCGCCCAAUUUCCCUCUUUCAUCACCCCGCCCAUUCUCCCUCUUUCCAUCACCCCGCCCCAUUCUCCCCUUCCCUCACCCGCCCCAUUUUCACUCUUUCCAUCACCCCUUCCAUUCUCCCGCUUUCAUCACCCCGCCCCAUUCUCCCCCGCUUUCCAUCACCCCGCUCCCUUCUCUCCCGCUUUCCAUCACCCGCCCCAUUCUCCCGCUUUCCAUCACCCCGCCCCAUUCUCCUCCUUCCAUCACCCCGCCCCUGUUAUAG